CCUGGAUUGAGGAGCUUCAACCACCAUCAACCAACAACAAAAUAUCCGUCAUAGGAGCUGAAUUGCAUUAGCGAAUCUUGAUACGCUACGCAAACAUGGCUCCUCAAAAGGAUACGCCGUUCCGCUCGGCGCAGAUGAGCAUGGUGCAGCUCUACGUGUCCAACGAAAUUGGCCGCGAGGUUGUUACUGCGCUCGGUGAGCUCGGGCUGUGCCAGUUUCGUGAUGUACGAAUACCGACAUCCACUUGCAGCUGUAUCUGAGGUUACAAAGCUAACACGUUACGUAGCUUAACGAAGAAGUUUCCGCUACUUUAAUGCGCAGAUGGACAAAGCCGGAAUUCCUCUGCGAAAGCUGGAUUUGGACGUUGAUAGACUCGCGUCACCUUCCACCUCGGAGAUUGACGAACUUGGCGAACGCUGCGAGAAGCUUGAACAACGAAUUUCUGCUCUGAACGACAGCUACGAAACCUUGAAGAAGCGUGAGGGAGAUCUUACAGAAUGGCGCUGGGUGCUGCGCGAAGCUGGCAGCUUCUUCGACCGCGCUCACGGCAACGUUGAAGAAAUUAGAGCAUCGACCGAUAAUGACGACGCCCCUCUUCUAUCCGAUAUUGAGCAGCACAACUCGGCUGCCGAUGUUGAGCGCUCAUUCUCCGGUAUGAACAUUGGCUUCGUUGCUGGUGUCAUCUCUAGGGACCGUGUUGCCGCAUUUGAGCGCAUUCUCUGGCGAACGCUUCGUGGUAAUUUGUACAUGAACCAGUCAGAGAUCCCAGAGCCUUUGAUCGACCCGUCCAACAACGAGGCUGUCAACAAGAACGUCUUUGUCAUUUUCGCUCAUGGCAAGGAAAUCCUUGCCAAGAUCCGCAAGAUCUCUGAGUCGAUGGGCGCUGAAGUCUACAACGUUGACGAGAAUAGUGACUUGCGAAGAGACCAGAUCCAUGAGGUUAACAGUCGCCUCCAAGAUGUUCAAAAUGUCUUGCGCAACACGCAGUCUACUUUGGAAGCUGAGCUCAACCAAAUUUCGCAAUCUCUAUCUGCUUGGAUGGUCUUGAUCACCAAGGAGAAGUCUGUUUACAGCACUCUCAACCUGUUUUCGUAUGACAGCGCUCGCAGGACCCUCAUUGCUGAAGGAUGGUGCCCUACCAACGACCUACCCAGGAUCCGAUCAACCUUGCAGGAUGUCACUAAUAGAGCCGGCUUGUCGGUCCCAUCGAUCAUCAACGAAAUCCGCACGAACAAGACCCCUCCAACCUAUCUCAAGACAAACAAGUUCACUGAAGCUUUCCAAACUAUUGUCAACGCCUAUGGUACUGCUACCUACCGGGAAGUCAACCCUACCAUGCCAGUUAUUGUCACCUUCCCUUUCCUCUUUGCUGUCAUGUUUGGUGAUUUUGGUCACGCCAUUAUCAUGCUCUGCUCCGCUUUGGCCAUGAUUUACUGGGAAAAGCCACUCAAGAAAGUUACAUUUGAGCUAUUUGCUAUGAUGUACUACGGUCGUUACAUUGCGCUUAUCAUGGCCACGUUUUCCAUCUUCACUGGCCUUAUCUACAACGAUAUUUUCUCAAAGUCUAUGACCCUCUUCCCAAGUGCUUGGGAGUUCCGCCGUCCACCAGGCGAUUACACUGAAGGUCAAAGUGUCGAAGCUACUCUAAACGAGCACGGAUAUCGCUAUCCAUUUGGUCUUGAUCCCGCCUGGCAUGGAGCCUCCAAUGAUCUCCUUUUCAGUAACAGUUACAAGAUGAAAAUGAGUAUCAUUCUCGGUUGGGCCCACAUGACAUACUCCCUCUGCUUUGCCUACAUCAAUGCGCGACACUUCAAGAAGCCUAUUGAUAUAUGGGGCAAUUUCGUCCCUGGUAUGAUCUUUUUCCAGUCGAUCUUCGGUUAUCUUGUUGUUUGCAUCAUCUACAAGUGGUCCGUUGACUGGUCCUCCGUUGGUAACAAGGCACCUGGUCUACUGAACAUGCUGAUCUACAUGUUCCUGCAGCCUGGUGAACUUGAAGCUGGUGCCCAGCUGUAUUCUGGCCAGGCUUUUGUACAAGUCUCCUUGUUGCUACUGGCAUUUGCUCAAGUUCCUGUUUUGCUCUUCCUCAAGCCUUUCUAUCUCCGUUGGGAGCAUAACCGUGCACGGGCUCAAGGUUAUCGCGGCCUUGGCGAGCACUCUCGUGUGAGCGCGUUGGAUGGCGAUGAUGAGAACGAUGGUUUAAUGAACGGUCACGGUACAUCCUUUGACGAUGGUGAAGGAGUUGCCAUGAUUUCCCAGAAUAUUGAUGAAGAACACGAGGAAUUUGACUUCAGCGAGGUUAUGAUUCAUCAAGUUAUCCACACUAUUGAAUUCUGUCUCAACUGCGUUUCCCACACUGCCUCCUAUCUUCGUCUUUGGGCGUUGUCCCUGGCCCAUCAGCAGCUCAGUGUUGUUCUUUGGAACAUGACUCUCGGAAUUGUUCUGCCAAUGAACGGCAUUGUCGGCGUUUUCAUGAUCGUCGUUGGCUUCUACUUGUGGUUCUUCCUUACUAUCGCCAUUCUCGUUUGUAUGGAAGGUACUAGUGCCAUGUUGCACUCUCUCCGUCUUGCCUGGGUCGAGUCGUUCUCAAAGUUUGCCGAAUUCAAUGGCUGGCCUUUCGCUCCCUUCUCUUUCAACACAUUGUUGGAAGAGUCUGAGGAUCUGAAAGAAUUCCUGGGUUGAUGAUAUGAGAUGGGGCUGUUCAAUUAGAAUCUGUAUUUUUUUUGUUUUCGUUUCCCGCUCCUUAUAGAGCGCAUUGCAUUCAACUAUCCUUCACUAUUUGUUCUUCUAAAGUUGUGAGGACGCAGAGUCGUUUUACUUGUACACUGUAUAAUAGAAAAGAAGCUCUGUUGCCCCCUAAGCUGCGCCUUUGACCAAGUAACAACAGCU